AUGGCACAUCCCUCACAACUAGGAUUUCAAGAUGCACAUUCCCCUCUUAUAGAAGAACUUCUGCACUUCCAUGACCACGCCCUUAUAAUUGUGUUUCUUAUUAGUACUUUUGUUUUAUACAUUAUUACAGCUAUAGUCGCAGUUAAACUCACUAAUAAACACAUCACGGACUCACAAGAAAUUGAAAUAAUCUGAACCAUUCUUCCAGCUUUCAUCCUAAUUCUAAUUGCCCUUCCAUCCCUUCGUAUCCUUUACCUUAUAGAUGAAAUCAACGACCCCCACUUAACAAUUAAAGCUGUAGGCCACCAGUGAUACUGAAGCUAUGAGUAUACUGACUACGAAAACCUUGAAUUUGACUCAUAUAUAAUCCCAACACAAGACCUGUCCCCCGGACAAUUCCGACUCCUAGAGGCAGACCACCGAAUAGUCGUCCCAGUUGAAUCUCCCAUUCGAAUUUUAAUCUCCGCUGAGGACGUACUUCACUCAUGAGCGGUUCCAACCCUGGGUGUUAAAAUAGAUGCAAUUCCAGGCCGCCUAAAUCAAACAACCUUUAUUACAACCUCGCCUGGAGUAUUCUACGGGCAAUGCUCAGAAAUUUGUGGGGCUAAUCAUAGCUUUAUACCCAUUGUAAUCGAAGCUGUGCCCCUGAAACACUUUGAAAACUGACUUUCCCUAGUGCUUGAAGAAACUU